CAAGAUUUUGUGCACUGUCUUUCCAGCAAGCUCAGAAAUAAUGCCACCUCUCAGGUACUCUACACUCCCAGCAGCCCAUCAUUCUUGCCCAUCCUGAAUAUGUCCGCCCAGAAUUCCAGGUUCACCGGGCCCGGAACCCCCAAACCUGUAGUCAUCAUCACACCUUUACGGGAAUCUCACGUCCGAGCUGCACUCAUUUGCUCCCGAAAGUAUAACAUCCAGCUGAGGACCCGAAGCGGCGGCCACGAUUACGAGGGCCUUUCCUUUGUUUCCAGCCUCCCCUUUGCCAUUCUGGACUUCAAAUUCCGGUCGAUCAAGGUUAACGUUGGGGAGAAGUCGGCGUGGGUCCAAACCGGAGCCACGCUAGGUGAACUCUAUUAUAGCAUUGCUAAUAAGAGCGACACUUUAGCUUUUCCGGCGGGUAUUUGUCCCACGGUGGGCACGGGUGGCCACAUCAGCGGCCGCGGGUACGGGAUGUUGUUGCGAAAAUAUGGGUUGGCGACGGACCACGUGAUUGACGCUCGAAUCAUGGAUGUUAAUGGGAGAAUCCUGGACCGGAAAUCCAUGGGGGAGGAUCUCUUCUGGGCUGGCGGCGGCGGCGCUAGCUUCGGCAUCAUACUCGCCUGGAAACUGGAACUGGUUCCCGUGCCUGAAAUCGUCACGGUAUUCAACAUUUCUAAAACCCUGGAACAAAACUUAACAAACCUAUUGUAUAAAUGGCAGUUUUUCGCCAACAAGGCCGAAAGAAACCUCUACCUCAGAGUCGUCCUACAAAACACCAACACUACUGGGGAGAGAACAGUAGAGGGUUUAAAGGAUUUCCAGAAUUGGGCGUCACCAAAUCCGACUUAA